AUUCUCUCCAUCUUAAAUGUUAUUCUAGUUUAUAUUUCAACAUGGUAUUAGAGCCUUCCAUUCCAAUUUAGUUUUCCUUUUCAGAUUUCAGUUUAGUUUGUUAUCUUAGUUUAGUUUUCAAACUGUGUUCUUUCUCCUAGAAACAGAUUUCAGUCCCAAAACUUCAGAACCUUAAGGAAGCACUCUGUCUCCAAGAACCUCCUAUUUCAGAACCUCCCAGAACCUCUUCCCAGAAACUUCACCCAGAACCUCUUCCCAGAACCUGUUUCCAAAUUCUUUCUUCAGGAAUUUCAGUUUUUCAGAUUCUUCAGAACCGUUCAGAACCUUGGUACAAUCCAAAAGAAAAAAAAUCAGAAUCUUAGAACCUUCGUCCAAAAUUCACAGUAGCACCUCCAACCGAAGUAGGCACCCCUUCCGCCGCCGACCAAACACUCAAAAUUCGCAAGGCAAAAUCGACGCGCGUUCAAUACACUCGCUGCCAGAAGUUCUCGCAGACGCCACAACGGCUCCUUCGUCUGGUUGUUUGCAUCUGAGGUCUCGCAUAUCUGUGGAAUCUGCUCCGUCUUGUUGGUCGCGCUGGGGUCUUGGGAUGUUUCCGCUUUUGGCUGAUGUCGCACAUGCUGGGUCUCGCAUUUGCUGAGUUAAGUCAGUCCUCAUCAGUCAGCCCCAAGCGGGAUAUUUUAUUCUCCAAAAUUUGAGCCCACACGUAAAAGGCUGCUGUAAGUUUCCAAUGCAAUCUCAUAUUUGAUUUUAUUUUUUAUUUUUUUUAAAAAAAAAAGAAAAAGAAAAGAAAAGAAAAAAAAAGAAAAAAAAAUGUUUCGUACAGGUCAAUUUGACAGAGUAAUAUGCAAUUACUGCAAGAAGUCUGGACACUUGCUCAAAGAUUGUAGAAAGUUUGCAUUCAAAAAUCAAGGAAAUUUGAUUGCUCAUGUUGCUUCCGCUACCACCUCAUCUGAUGGAUCAGUUGCUAUUUCUUCGGAUGAAUAUGCCAAAUUUAUUUGCUACCAAGAAUCUCUAAAGCAUUCAUCUGUCCCUAUCUCGGUAGCCGCGAAUUCAGGUAUCUCAAACACAUGUCUUAUUUCAUCUUCUUCGAAAUGGGUCAUUGACUCAGGUGCCACAGACCAUAUGACCGGUAAUCCUAGUCUAUUCUCGUCAUUUCAUUCAUAUUUACCUACUUCUAGUGUCACUUUAGCUGAUGGAUCUACCUCACCCGUUCUUGGAUCUGGUACUGUUGUUCCAACUUCUACAUUACCAUUAUCGAUCGUCUGUUUUGAGUCUUCAUAAUUUUGCAUUUAAUCUGCUUUCCAUCAGUAAAAUCACUCGUACUCUUAAUUGUUCUGUAACAUUUUUUCCUGGAUAUUGUGUGUUUCAGGAUCUGUUAACGAAGCAGAUUAUUGGUAAAGGACAUGAGUCAGCUGGUCUUUAUAUUUUGGAUACAUCAAUUACAAAAGGUAUCUCUUGCCUAGGUAUCUCUUGCCUUGGGGUUGGAAAUCUAUUAGAAGCUCAUUACCGAUUAGGACAUCCAUCUCUCUCACUAAUGAAACAAUUAUAUCCUCACUUUAAUAAGGUGUCUUCUAUACAAUGUGAGUCGUGUGAGUUUGCUAAACAUCAUCACACUAGUUUAAGUCCCCGACUUAAUAAACGAGCAAAUGCUCCGUUUGAUCUUGUCCAUACUGAUGUUUGGGGGGCAUGUCCAGUUGUGUCCAAACCUGGUUUCAAAUAUUUUGUCACUUUUGUUGACGAUUAUUCUCGUAUGACAUGGGUGUAUUUUAUGAAGCGUCGAUCCGAGGUAUUUACUCAUUUCUAUGCAUUUUGUGCUGAAAUUAAAACUCAAUUUAAUGUUCCUGUUCGUCUGUUAAGGGGAGACAAUGCCCAAGAAUAUUUAUCUGCUCCAUUUAAAUCUUUUAUGCUUCAACAUGGCAUUAUUCAUCAAACUUCAUGCGUAGACACACCUCCUCAAAAUGGAGUUGCUGAAAGAAAGAAUCGACAUCUGUUAGAAACUGCAAGGGCUCUUCUAUUCCAAAUGAAUGUACCUAAACAGUUUUGAGCUGACGCUGUGUCUACUUCAUGUUUUUUAAUCAAUCGUAUGCCAUCUUCUGUUUUGGAUGGUAAAACUCCUUAUCAAUGUCUUUUUCCAAAUAAAGAACUUUUUCCUAUUCCACCUAAAAUAUUUGGUUGCACUUGUUAACCCUCAUCGGACGAAAUUGGACCCCAAGUCAUUGAAAUGUAUUUUCUUAGGUUAUUCUCGAGUUCAAAAGGGGUAUAAAUGUUUUUGUCCAAGUACAGGUCGAUAUCUUAUUUCUAUUGAUGUCUCAUUUCAUGAAAAUACACCUUUUUCAUCAUCCAAGACAGAUAUUCAUGAGGACAACGAUGAAAUACUCAUUUACACAGUUACUAUACCUGAGACCACACCUUCAGUAACUAUGCCGAAUGUCACUGUUCCUGACCCUAGGCCUCCUGUACACUUGGUUUACACUCGUCGACACAAAGCACAAGAUCACUCCCCACCUGUGACACCUGUGAUUACAUAUCCUGAUACUGGUCCGACUUCGAUCUCAUGUCCUGAACCAGUACCUGCAUCUUCAGAUCUUGUCUCUACAUCUGAUCUUGACCUCCCGAUAGCACUACGUAAAGGUACACGGUCUUGUUAUCUCAUGCCUCAUGUUCUUUUGUUGCUUCCAUUGAUUCUAUUUCUGUUCCCAAAUCUGUUAAAGAAGCUUUGUCUCAUCCUGAAUGGCGUCAUGCCAUGGUAGAGGAAAUGAAUGCUUUGGAUCUUAAUGGUACUUGGGAUUUGGUAGACUUGCCUUCAGGGAAGAAGUCUAUUGGGUGUAAGUGGGUCUUUGCUGUUAAGGUUAAUCCAGAUGGAUCUGUUGCUCGAUUGAAAGCUCGAUUGGUUGCAAAGGGUUAUGCUCAAACCUAUGGUGUUGAUUAUUCUGACACUUUUUCUCCUGUUGCUAAAUUAACAUCUGUCAAGUUACUUAUCUCACUCGCUGCAACUCAUGAUUGGCACUUACACCAGUUGGACAUUAAAAAUGCAUUCUUGCAUAGUGACCUUCAGGAGGAAGUUUAUAUUGAGCAACCUCCGGGAUUUGUUGCUCAGGGGGAGUAUGGGAAAGUUUGUCGACUUCGCAAAUCUCUUUAUGGUCUGAAACAGAGUCCUCUUGCAUGGUUUGGGAAAUUCAGUCAAUCCAUUGAACGGUUUGGAAUGAUAAAAGGUCAAUCAGAUCACGCUGUCUUUUACAGAAAAACGAAAGCAGGUAUCACAUUGCUUGUGGUGUAUGUCGAUGAUAUUGUGAUUACAGGAAGUGAUACUGCAGGUAUUUUGGCUCUUAAGAAUUUUCUUCAUAGCCAAUUCCAAACAAAAGACCUAGGCUCAUUGAAAUACUUUCUGGGUAUUGAGGUAACACGAAGUAAGAAAGGCAUAUUUCUAUCUCAGCGUAAAUAUGUACUUGAUUUACUAACUGAAACAGGGAAUUUGGGAGCAAAGCCAAACACAACUCCCAUGGUUCCCAAUGUGCAACUCACUUCAGAAGGCAUACCAUUCGAAGACCCAGAAAGGUAUAGAAGAUUGGUUGGAAAGCUUAACUAUCUCGCAGUCACUCGUCCAGACAUUACUUACUCUGUGAGCGUAGUGAGUCAAUAUAUGUCAUCUCCGACCAUUGACCAUUGGGCUGCUGUAGAACAUAUAUUAUGUUACUUGAAGGGAGCACCAGGACGCGGGAUUGUCUAUCAAAAUCACGACCACAUGAGAAUAGAAUGUUUUGCUGAUGCUGACUGGGCAGGAUCUAAAGAUGAUCGAAGAUCUACCUCGGGGUAUUGUGUCUUUGUUGGAGGAAACCUAGUAUCCUGGAAGAGUAAGAAACAGAGUGUGGUUUCUCGUUCGAGUGCCGAAUCAGAAUACCGAGCUAUGGCACAAUCUGCAUGUGAGAUCAUAUGGAUAGGCCAUUUAUUGGGUGAAAUCGGAUUGAAGACACCAAUGCCUGCUAAAUUGUGGUGUGAUAAUCAAGCUGCCAUACACAUUGCCAACAACCCAGUAUUUCAUGAGAGAACAAAGCAUAUUGAGGUUGAUUGUCAUUUUAUUCGAGAGAAGAUACAAAAAGGAUUGAUCUCUACGGGAUAUGUGAAGACUGGAGAACAACUUGGAGAUUUGUUCACUAAAGCACUAAAUGGGAUCCGAGUUGGUUAUUUAUGUAACAAGUUGGGCAUGAUAAAUAUCUAUGCUCCAACUUGAGGGGGAGUGUGAAAGAUAUAGAAUAUACUUUAGAAUAUUAUAAUAUACUUCAGAAUAUUCUAGGAAUAUACUUUAGGAUAUUAUUAUUGUAUAGAAUCUUGUAUAAGAAUAUUCUAUUUGUAAUGUAUAUUUACAGGGACUUAAUCCUUCAAUGAAAUACACAGAAAAUCAUUCUCUCC